AUGUUCAUUUUCACAGAUGCUAUUUUUUUAACGUCACGCCGCGGAAAACCUGUGAUUCAAAUAGGAGAGCACCGUUACAAUAAAUAUAGCAGGAGUAAAGGCGCCAAAGCUAUUUGGGUAUGCGUGAAAUGGAGUACAAAGGCGUGUCGGGCAUCUAUCACUACUAUAGAUGAUACUAUUAUUAAAACAAAUAAUUAUCAUACACACUAA